AUGAACUCCCUGGAGAGACUCCUGUGGGGUGGGGCUGAGGCUCGCUGGCUCCCACGGUCCAGCGCCAUCUCCGUGGUGAAAAUCCUGAGGGUGCUGAGAGUCCUGCGGCCGCUGCGGGCCAUUAACAGAGCGAAGGGGCUGAAGCACGUAGUCCAGUGCGUGUUCGUGGCCAUCAAGACCAUCGGCAACAUUGUGAUUGUCACCACCCUGCUGCAGUUCAUGUUGGCCUGCAUCGGGGUGCAGCUCUUCAAGGGGAAGUUUAGCAGCUGUACGGAUCCGGCCAAGAUGACAGAAGAGGAAUGCAGUCCCCCACUCGCUCACCCCUCGUCUGUAAAUGCGCACAACGACUUCCACUUUGACAAAGUCAUCUCAGCCAUGAUGUCACACUUCACCGUCUCCACCUUCGAGGGCUGGCCCCAGCUGCUGUACAAGGCCAUUGACACCCACACCGAGGACAUGGGCCCCAUCUACAACUACCGGGUGGAGAUCGCCAUCUUCUUCAUCAUCUACAUCAUCCUCAUCGCCUUCUUCAUGAUGAACCUCUUCGUCGGCUUUGUCCUCGUCACCUUCCAGGAGCAGGGCGAGAACGAAUACAAGAACUGCGAGCUGGACAAGAACCAGCGCCAGUGUGUCCAGUACGCACUGAAAGCCCGCCCUCUGAGACGCUACAUCCCCAAGAACCCCUAUCAGUACCAGAUUUGGUAUGUGGUGACCUCCUACUACUUCGAGUACCUCAUGUUCUUCCUGAUCAUGCUGAACACCAUCUGCCUGGGCAUGCAGCACUACAACCAGUCAGCUGAGAUGAACCACCUCUCAGACAACUUGAAUGUGGCCUUCACCAUCCUCUUCACCCUGGAGAUGUUCCUCAAGCUCAUGGCCUUCAAAGCCAAGGGCUAUUUCAGCAACCCCUGGAACGUCUUUGAUUUCCUCAUCGUCAUCGGUAGCAUCAUCGACGUCAUCCUGAGCGAGAUCGAUGUAAUUUCUCUUGCUGACUCUCUUGUUCUCUCGACAGGCGGACUGUACUGCCUAAGCGGAGGCUGUAAUGGCAUUGAUUCUGCAGACAGUACCCGCAUCUCCAUCACCUUCUUCCGACUUUUCCGGGUGAUGCGGUUGGUGAAGCUGUUGAACCGGGGGGAAGGAGUCAGGACCCUGCUCUGGACCUUCAUCAAGUCCUUCCAGGCCCUGCCCUACGUGGCGUUGCUGAUCGUGAUGCUGUUCUUCAUCUACGCUGUGAUCGGGAUGCAGAUGUUUGGGAAAAUCGCCCUGGUGGAUGGAACCCAAAUCAACCGGAACAACAACUUCCAGACCUUCCCACAAGCCAUCCUGCUGCUCUUCAGGGGAAGAAUCAAACAUCUGGAUGUGGUGACCCUGCUGAGAUGCAUCCAGCCUCCCCUGGGCUUUGGGAAGUUCUGUCCGCACCGUGUGGCUUGCAAGCGCCUGGUGUGCAUGAACAUGCCUCUGAACAGCGAUGGCACCGUCACCUUCAAUGCCACUCUCUUCACUCUGGUGCGGACUGCCCUCAAGAUCAAGACGGAAGGUAACUUUGAGCAGGCCAAUGAAGAGCUGAGGGCCAUUAUCAAGAAGAUCUGGAAGAGAACUAGCAUGAAACUCCUGGACCAGGUCAUUCCACCAAUUGGAGAGGAUGAGGUGACUGUGGGCAAGUUCUACGCGACCUUCCUCAUCCAGGAGCACUUUAGGAAAUUCAUGAAGCGCCAGGAGGAGUAUUAUGGGUAUCGGCCCAAAAAGAACGCCAUUGCUAUCCAGAGGACGGGUGGCUUGUUCGGUCAUGUUGACUCCUUCAUGGAGCGGAACAGGCCCCUGCAGCCCCACGUGACCAACCAGAGACCCCUGCAGUUCACCGAAGUGGGGAGUGAAGACUUGGACUCCCCUGUCUUCCUCGAUGACUUCCCCCCAGACAGGAACACCAACACCAACAACAGCAACACAGCCACACGGAUGUGUGCACCCUGGACUGGAGCCUGCGACGUCGUGCUGGUGGGCCUGCGCCAGCUCCGAGCGACGGGAUACAGGGAAGCGAGAGCCCGCCGCCACUCAGUUCCUUCUCAGCCGCCUGUGGCUCGAGACCGAGUUUUCGGCGGGUAG